GCGAUUAGCAAAAACUCAGUACAAUUUCUGUUCCUCUGGCUUGCGUAAAGAAGCCUUAGACUUCUGUUUGCGGCAACUAAGCCGUAAAAACGUGAAACCAAGAGGCUACAGAUUUACAGUAGAGGAAAAAGUAAUGUGCUUAGCACUGUACAAAGCAUCAGGAGUCGCGUACAGGCUCUUGUCAGCUUGGUUUAAAUUACCAAGUUCAAGACCGAUUGGUAGAUUACUCCACAAAAUUCCCGUCUCUCCUGGAAUUAAUAACGUCACUAUUGAAAAUGUUCGUGAUGCUGUGAAGCAUUUACGAAGUAAUCACAAAUUUUGCUUCUUGAUGUUCGACGAAAUGUCUUUAACUCCAAACAUCGAGUACAAUGUACAUAAUGAUAAAAUCGAAGGCGUGAGUGAAGACGGUGGUAUUAUAGACCAUGCCCUCGUCUUCAUGCUUAAAGGCAUUACAAAGAACUGGAAGCAAACGAUUUGUUACCAUUUCAGUAAG